AGGUGUGGUCACCCGCCUCCAAAAACGACCCUCCCGUGCCAUUUGUUGCAGUCUGCACCAGAGGGACUGGGGCGGACAGGUGCAGAAUGAGAGAAUACCUGCCUUCUGCGCCUCUCCUCUGCUCUCUGAGUUUACCCCAGUAGUUUCCACGGAGUCGGUGUGGCUGCCGUUUCCUUGUCAGAAUGAGUAUGUACGGGUCUCAGAAUGCCCUGAACAUGGGCCGCAGGAGCGCCUCCAAGAGUGACUUGACCGGUGGGGCCAACCAAUACACACGGAGCGAGAUCUGUCACGGAGGCGGAAACGGCUAUGACCCCUACAUGGACGGAUACAACACCUACACCUUUUCAAAGUCCUCGGGAGGCGGAAUGACAAGUAAUACAGGAGGCGGCAUGAGAGUCGGCACGAUGAGCAAUAGGCAUGCAGGAGGCGGCAUGGUGAGCGGAAUGUCAAGCGGCAUGGCAGGCGGAACGAUGAGCGGAAUGUCAGGCGGAAUGGUGAGCGGAAUGUCAGGCGGAAUGGUGAGCGGAAUGUCAGGCGGCAUGGUGAGCGGAAAGAUGAGCGGAAUGUCAGGCGGCAUGGUGAGCGGAAUGUCAGGCGGCAUGGCAGGCGGAAAGAUGAGCGGAAUGUCAGGCGGCAUGGCAGGCGGAAAGAGUGGAUCCAACCUCGGUGCCAUCCACCAGAGGGCCAUGAUCCUGCAGGGCCAGUGCCAGGAUUACCUGAAGAAAGCUGAAUUCGCCCUUCAGUCUAGCGGUGCCCAGGGUGAUGCAGAGCGCUACAUGGCGAUGGCUAAAGAGACCAUUGAGCAGCUGAAGAACUGUGCCAUGGACCUGAGACAACUGGGAGAGCCGAAUGAGAAUGUAGUCAGGACUUUGGAGAUGUGUAACGACCAGCUUAAGGGGGUCCACAUGGCCAUCACAGGCACCAUGCACAGGAGGAGGAGCACCAGAGGGAGCUCCGGAGGUUGGGAGGAGCCUGGAAGGAGCUACCAAGAUGCUAUGAUGUGGAUUGCACAGCAGAAGCGUCUGAUUGAAACAGCAUCCUGGGGAGAAGAUCCUGCAGCCAUUGAGCAGCAGCUCAUCAGCCACCAGAAGUUUCACAGCUCCAUCCAGAGGAGCUCCGAGGUGGACCGAGCCAAAGACGACCUGAAUAAGAAAGGAGACAAAGGAAAUCUUCAUGCUCUGGACCAAGAAUGGGACAGUUUACAGCAAAUGUCAUUUCGUCGGACCCAGCAGCUGCAAGACCUCCAGCAGAUCAUUCAGCAAAUGUCCAAAGAGAUCAUGUGGGUGAACAGCAGGGAGGAGGAGGAGCUGGUUUUUGACUGGGGAGACAAGAACAUCGACCAGUACAUCCCACAGAAGCAGGAAAGUUACUCGAAACUGAUGAGUGCCUUGGAGGGCAAAGAGAAGGACCUGAAUAAACUGAAAGGCAAAGUGGAUAUCCUCCUGAAGAACAACCAUCCGGCUUCAGACAAAAUUGAGGCUUACAAGGACACUCUGCAGACUCAGUGGAGUUGGCUCCUUCAAAUUACCAAGUGCAUUGAUGUUCAUCUGAAGGAGAAUGCAGCUUACAGCCAGUUCUUCAAGGAGGCGAAUGAGACGUACAGCACCCUGCAGAAGGAGCAUGAGACGGUCCGUAAGAAGUUCAUCUGUGACAAGAACACGUCACUGGAAGACCUACUGGAGCUCCUCAGGGGACUGGAGAGGGAGAAGGAGAAGAUUAUGGAAAAUAAGAUGCAGGUUCAACAACUGAUGAACAGAUCCAAGAGCAUUGUGAGACUGAAACCCAGAUACCCUGAAGAGAAGAGCAGCAGCCCUACCAUCGUGAAAGCCCUGUGUGACUUCAAACAAGACCAGAAAGUGAUCUGUAAGGGUGAUGAGGCAAUCUUAAAGGACAACAGUCAGCGCAGUAAGUGGGAUGUUACAGGCCCGGGAGGACUGGAUAUGUCGGUUCCCUCUGUGUGCCUGAUCGUACCACCUCCCAAUCCCCUUAGCAUCCAACUGGCCAAGAAGAACGACCAAUACUAUGAGGCCAUCCUGUCAAUCUGGAAUCAGCUGUACAUCAACAUCAAGAGUCUCACCACCUGGCAGUACUGUCUCAUUGAUAUCAGACGCAUCAACUCCCUCACCAUCUCCAUGAUUGCUAAGAUGCGGCCUGAGGAAUACCGUCAAAUUAUCAAGAGCCUAGAGACUCACUUUGAGGAGUUCAAAGUGAACUCCCAAGACUCCCAGAUGUUUGCUGAAGAGGACAAGAGGACCAUCGAGAACCAGUUCACUGGAGCCCAGGCCCGCUAUGAACAGCUCGUGGUGCAGCUGCCUACUUACAUUGCGCAUCAGGAGCAAAUAGAAGUACAGCAAGCAGCUGAGCAGCAACGCCAACAGCAAUUGAUUAUAAUACAGCAGCAGCAACAACAAGCUGCUGCUGAAGCGGAGGCCAGAAGGCUGGAAGAAGAAAGACAGAGGCAAGCAGAAGUGAAGAAAGAGGUGUCGAAAAAAGAACAUGUGGUUAAGAAGGAAGUAAUAAAAGUGACCAAGACGGAGCCUGUGAAGAGGAAGGUGCAUCUGUCCUCCUCUUCUACCUCUUCUGCCUCCUCUUCAUCCUCCCGCAGCUUAUCUGAGCUGCACGCGCUCAGACUGAGGCUGGAGGGCGCUGAGGACAUGCUGAGUCAGCACAUUCACAUCUGCCUCGGAGACGACGGGGUACAGGACUGUGGCCUCAAGAUCACUCAGCUGGAGACGGUGCAGCGUGAUGUUGACUCGAUGCGUGACGAGUACUUACGUCUGAGGGAGCGUAUUUUGAAGGAGCUGGAGGGCAUGAAUGAUUCAGAUAAAUCCCAGUUCCUCCGCAGUGAGAUUGGAGUGAUCAACCAAAGACUGGGCAGUCUGGAGAGCAGCUCAUCCGCUUACCUACAGCGGCUGCAGGCUCUAAGGAACUUGCUGCAGAGUGUGGCCCAAGCUGAAGACAUAGUGAAAGUUCAUGAGGCGAGACUGACAGAGAAAGAGACCACCUCUCUGUCGCCUAGUGAAGUGGAGGAUUAUAUGUUGACCCUGGAGAAUAUUAAAGCAGAGCUGGAUCAGAAGAAGGAUGUCCUGGCCGCCAUGGAGGCUGACCUGGCCAAGGCGAGCCACUGGAACAGCCAGGUGGGUGGGUCCUACCACAAGUGUGACAUGAUGCUGUCCAAAUACACUGAGCAGGUGGGCCUGCUAACUGACCGCUGGAAACGAAUGCAAGGACAGAUUGACACCAGACUCCAGGAUUUGCAGUUGUAUCAGCCUCAGCUGCAGCACUACAAGCAAACCAGCACCUCCCUUUUUACCUGGAUCGAUGCCACACUGAAAAAACAAGACAACCUGCAGGCCACCAAGAUAGACAACAUCCAAGCACUGACAGACCACAUUAACGAACAAAAGGCCCUGAACUCAGAAAUCAAAGCAAGGAGGGAGACAUUAGAGAGUGUGCUGAAGGACAAUGAGUCCUGUGUAAAUUCUAUCAAGGACUAUGAAACGGACCUUGCCUGUUAUACGUCUGGUUUAGAGACUUUGCUCAACAUUCCCAUCAAAAGGACAAUGCUGAAGUCGCCAUCAGUGGAUCUUAAUCUGGAGGCUACGCAACUGCAAACCCGUUACAUGGAGUUGCUUACCCUGUCUGGUGACUACUACAAGUACCUGGGAGAGCUGCUCAAAAACAUGGAGGAGCUUAAGAUUCGUAACACAAGGAUUGACCUGUUAGAGGAAGAACUUCGCCUGCUGAGGGAGGACAUCCAAGACCGCAACUCCAAGAACAAAUCUCUGGAAGAGGCAGUUUCCCGCUACCAGCUGGAGUUGUCCCAGUCGCAGAACCAGCUGCUAUCAAUGGAGGAGGUGAAGCAAAACACUGCGCUGCAGUGCAAUGCCACCAAGGAGAGCCUAGACACCACACAGGGCCAGCUGUCAGACCUCAGUGAGCAGGUGACACGUCUCAACUACUUGCUUGAGGAAGAAAAAAGGAAGAGGAGGCUGGCAGAGGAACGCUACACUCAGCAACAGGAGGAGUAUGAGUCGGUGCUGAGGAAGAGACAGAAGGAGCUGGAGACAGUCAGCUGGUCCAAGAUGGAGGUGGAGAAGAGUGUGGCAAGUAAGGAGCACGAGAUUGAACAGCUGCGGCGGCAGCUGGCUGAGGAAGCAGCGAGGGUUAAGGAGCUACAGAAGGAGAUGUCAAAGGUAAGGAGCCAGUGCAGUUUGGAGAUCAAUAACUUAAAGCUCAGCUACGAAUCCCAGAUCCACAUCAGCCGCACAGACAUCCAGAGGCUGGCAGCCCAGAGGGAGGACAACACAGCUGAGCUCCAGCUACAGUAUGACAGGAUGGUGGCAGAGAGGACAAAUCUGGAGGAGGAGCUCAGGAGGCUCAGGAUGUCUAUCAACCAGGCUGAAGAACAAAGGCAGAGGGCAGAGGAAGAAGCUCAUAGUCAACGUGCUGUCAUCACAGAAGAAGGGCGCAGGAGGAGAGAACUAGAAAGUCAGGUUGAGGUGCUGAUGAGGCAGAGAGACGAGGAAAGGAGCCAGUAUACAGUAGAGCUGGCUGAAGUCAUGAAGAGCCUGCAAGAGAAGAGUGAGGAGCUGGCUUACAUAACACACAGUCUAGAGGAGGAGACCCGCAGGAGGAAAACUAUAGAGGAGGGGCAGGGUGUGCUUGAACAGACUUUGGCCCAGCUGCAGGUGAAGCUAACCAGUUCAUCAAUGGCUGCGAACCAGCUGGGGGAGUGUGAGGAGGAGCUUCAGAAGAUGCGUUUGGAGCUGGAGAGGGAGAGCAGGGAGCGUAGCAGAGUAGAAGAGAACAUGAACAGGUUGCAGGGACGCAUGAAGGACCUUCAGGCUGUGAGAGAUGGGUUAGAGAGCCAAGUGGAGAAUCUGAGGAAGGCUAACCAAGAGGAAGUGGCUAGAAGAAGGCAGGUAGAAACAGAGCUGGAAAACACCACCAUAGCCAUGAUAGAGUACACCAGCACUAUUACCACGCUACGCCAGAGCCAAGAACAAGCCAGCACGUCAGAAAAGAGAGGUGAAGAAGAGCGUCUUAGGUUACAGGAGGAGCUGGAGAGAAGCUUGAGACAAAACAAGACCUCUGCAGACCGCAUGACACAGCUGAGCACUGAGCUGAACGCCCUGCAGCAACAGCUCCUCCAGGAGCAGGCCAGAGUCAAAGAGGCAAACCUCAGGAAUGAGAGUCUUUACAGAACUUUAGAGGAGAGGAGUAAGGCACUGAAUGAGAACUCUGUUGAGCUUCAAACGCUGAAGGAGAUGACAGAAACCCAGACCAAAGAGAGGCUGAGGCUGGAAGAGGAACUAAGGACAGCACGACGUGAUAAAGAGGAGCUCCUGAGAUCCAAACAGAGAUGCAAUGAUGAGCUCUCCUCCCAGAUUACUGCCCUGGAGCUGCAGCUGCAGGCCAGUGAGCGCAACAAUGUAGAUUACCGCAACCUGGUCUCAGAGCUGUCCUCGGAAAGGGAGAAACUCAAGCUGGAGACUGAGAAAAUACAAAAGCAGGCCUCCGAGACAACGGCCAUGAUGCAAUCCAUUCAGUCCCAGUACAGUGAGAUUGUGAUGGAGAGAGAUGCUCUAUUGCUGAAAUUGCAAUUGUCAGAAAAGGAAAAUCGCCUACAAAGGCUAGAGGAGGAACUCAGUCACAUUAAACUGUCCCAAGAGUCUGAGCUUCGCAAUAAGCAGCGUCUACAGGAGGAAAACGAGAGGGUGAAGAGGGAUUUAGGUUACUGGAAGGACCAGUAUGAUAGUAAGCAGGGCCUGAUCAGGCAAUAUGAUACAGACAAAGAACGUCUGGAGAGAGAAAAAAACUCUUUGAAAAGUGAGAUAGACAGGCUGAUGAGGGAACUCAGGGAGCUUGAGGAGACAUAUAAAGGUAGGCUGUCAGCCAUCCAGACAGAACUGCGAGAGGUAACCAUUGUGAGACAAACCAUGGAAACUGAGCUGAAGAAAGUUAGAGAGCCCCCAACCUUGGAUGCCUCCACUCUGGUUUUUGAUGGAGUCCGCAAACCAGUCACAGCAAACCAGUUGCUUGACUGUGGUGUUUUGGACAAACCAACAUUCAGCCAGCUUGUGAUGGGGCAUAAGACUGUCCCUGAUGUGUCUGUCGACAAAAAGGUCAGUCUGAAAGGAACAGGCCCAAUAGCUGGAGUGGUACUUGAAGUUCCAAAAGGUUCAGUGUACACUACUGGACCUCUAUCCAAAAUGACUUUCACUGAAGCCAAGAAAGGAAAUCUCCUGCCACCAGAUAGCAUUGACCUGCUGCUGGAUGCUCAGGCUGCCACAGGCCACAUAAUUGAUCCCAGAACUAAUCAGAAGUUGACAGUUGAAGAGGCAUGUAAUCAAGGUGUGAUAGAUGAAGAGGACAGAGAGAGGUUGCUAGCAGCAGAAGCUGCAGCUGUAGGAUAUAGUGGUCCUGGCUCAAGUAAACCCCUUUCAGUAUUUCAGGCCAUGAAGAAAGGACUGAUUGACAAGAACACAACACUGCGUCUGCUACAAGCCCAGGAGUCUGUGGGGGGCAUCCUAGAUCCUGUACUCAGUGUGUUCCUUCCGAAAGACACAGCCAUCGAGCGUAACCUAAUUGAUGAUGACAUAUAUCGUGCUCUGAAUAAGCGGCCUGAGCUCUACUUGGACCCAGAAAGUGAGGAGGGUGUAACCUAUAUGUCAAUGAAGAGAAGAUGUAAGGUAGACCCACACACAGGCCUUCUACUUCUUCCUAUCCCUGAGAAGGUAGACCCCUCCAAACUUGUCUUUGAUGGUGUUCGGAAACCUGUUACAGCCAAGCAGCUACUUGAUUGUGGUGUCUUGGACAAGCCAACAUUUAAAGAUCUAGAAAUGGGGAAGAAAACUGUCCCUGAGGUGUCUGUAGACAAAAACAUUAAUCUGAAAGGGACUGGGCCUAUUGCUGGGGUUGUAGCCGGGAGUCAAGGCAAAAUGUCUUUGUCAGAAGCCAAGAAACAGAAGCUUCUUUCCGAAGAUAGUGCAGAUUUGCUACUGGAAGCCCAGGCUGCCACAGGCCACAUAAUUGACCCUAAAACCAAUCAGAAGUUGACAGUCGAGGAGGCAUGUGCCAGAGGGGUGGUGGACAUUAUGGAUCAAGACAGAUUAUUGGCAGCAGAGGCUGCUGCUGUGGGAUACAAGGAUCCUAGCACAGCCAAGCCUCUCUCAGUGUUUGAAGCCAUGAAGAAAGGACUAAUUGACAGAAAGACUGGGUUACGUCUGCUGCAGGCCCAGGAGUCUGUGGGAGGCAUUUUAGAUCCCAAUCUCAGUGUUUUCCUGCCAAAGGACACCGCGAUCAAACGCAACCUUUUGGAUGAAAAUCUCCGUCAAGCUCUAAACCAGAGUCCGGAGUGUUACCUUGACCCAGAAACUGAACAUGACGUUAGCUAUGGGGCUUUGAAGAAAAGAUGCAAGACAGAGCCUCACACAGGCCUUCAACUUUUGCCAAUCACUGAGAGGCGAGACCCUUCCAAACUGAUAUUUGAUGGUGUCCGAAAGCCAGUAACAGCACAGCAGCUGCUUGAAUGUGGGGUCCUGGACAAACCAACAUUUAACCAGCUACUGAAGGGGGAGAAAACGGUCCCAGAGGUGUCAGUGGACAAGAAGGUGUUUCUAAAGGGGACGGGAUCAAUUGCUGGUGUGGCAGCUGGACCUUUAGGGAAAAUGUCUUUCGCAGAGGCCAAGAAACAAAUGCUCAUGCCCCCAGAUAGUGCAGAUUUUCUACUGGAUGCCCAGGCAGCCACAGGCCACAUCAUUGACCCGACAAACAAUCAGAAGCUCACAGUAGAAGAAGCAUGUGCCAGAGGAGUGGUGGACAAUAGGGAUCGAGACAGACUCUUAGCAGCAGAGGCUGCUGCUGUGGGCUACAGGGAUCCUAGCUCAGCGAAGCCUCUUUCAGUGUUUGAGGCAAUGAAGAAGGGAUUAAUUGACAGGAAGACUGGACUAUGUCUGCUACAGGCCCAGGAGUCUGCGGGGGGCAUUCUAGAUCCAAACCUCAGUGUGUUCCUCCCUAGAGACGCAGCUAUCAAACGCAACCUUUUGGAUGAGGACGUCAGUCAUGCUCUAAACAAGAGCCCUGAGUGUUACCUUGAUCCAGACACUGAGCGUGAUGCCAGCUAUGGGACUUUAAAGAAAAGAUGUAAAACAGAGUCUCACACGGGCUUGAUACUUCUGCCAAUCACUGAGAGGAAAGAUCCUUCCAAACUGAUGUUUGAUGGUGUCCGUAAGCCAGUCUCAGCACAGCAGUUGUUUGAAUGUGGAGUCCUUGAUAAGCCAACAUUUAACCAGCUAGUGAAAGGGGAGAAAUCUGUCCCAGCAGUGUCUGUGGAAAAAAUGGUCUAUUUAAAGGGCACUGGACCCAUUGCUGGGGUGGUAGCUGGACGUCAAGGCAAAUUGUCAUUGUCAGAAGCGAAGAAACAGAAGCUUCUGUCCGAAGAGAGUGCAGAUUUUCUACUGGAAGCCCAGGCUGCCACAGGCCACAUCAUUGACCCUAAAACCAAUCAGAAGCUGACAGUAGAGGAGGCAUGUGCCAGAGGGGUGGUGGACAUUAGGGAUCAAGACAGAUUAUUGGCAGCAGAGGCUGCUGCUGUGGGAUACAAGGAUCUUAGCACAGCCAAGCCUCUCUCUGUGUUUGAGGCCAUGAAGAAAGGACUAAUUGACAGGAAGACUGGUUUACGUCUGCUGCAGGCCCAGGAGUCUGUGGGAGGCAUUUUAGAUCCCAAUCUCAGUGUUUUCCUGCCAAAGGACACCGCGAUCAAACGCAACCUUUUGGAUGAAAACCUCCGUCAAGCUCUAAACCAGAGUCCGGAGUGUUACCUAGAUCCAGAAAGUGAACGUGAUGUCAGCUAUGGGGCUUUAAAGAGAGGAUGCAAGACAGAGCCUCACACAGGCCUUCAACUUCUGCCAGUCUCUGAGAAGCUAGACCCUUCAAAAUUGAUAUUUGAUGGUGUCCGUAAGCCAGUGACAGCACAGCAGUUGCUUGAUUGUGGAGUCCUGGACAAGCCAACAUUUAACCAGCUAGUGAAAGGGGAGAAAACUGUCCCAGAGGUGUCUGUGGAAAAGAUGGUCUAUCUAAAAGGGACUGGAACAAUUGCUGGGGUGGUAGCUGGACGUCAAGGCAAAAUGUCAUUGUCAGAAGCCAAGAAACAGAAGCUUCUUUCCGAAGAUUGUGCAGAUUUGCUACUGGAAGCCCAGGCUGCCUCAGGCCACAUCAUUGACCCUAAAACCAAUCAGAAGUUGGCAGUAGGGGAGGCAUGUGCUAAAGGAGUGGUGGAUAUUAGGGAUCAAGACAGAUUAUUGGCAGCAGAGGCUGCUGCUGUGGGAUACAAGGAUCUUAGCGCAGCCAAGCCUCUAGCAGUGUUUGAGGCCAUGAAGAAAGGACUAAUUGACAGGAAGACUGGUUUACGUCUGCUGCAGGCCCAGGAGUCUGUGGGAGGCAUUUUAGAUCCCAAUCUCAGUGUUUUCCUGCCUAAAGACAAAGCUAUCAAAUGCAACCUUUUGGAUGAAAAUCUCCGUCAAGCUCUAAACCAGAGUCCGAAGUGUUACCUUGACCCAGAAACUGAACAUGAUGUCAGCUACGGGGCUUUGAAGGAAAGAUGCAAGACAGAGCCUCACACAGGCUUACAACUUCUGCCAGUCUCUGAGAAGUUAGACCCUUCAAAAUUGAUAUUUGAUGGUGUCCGUAAGCCAGUAACAGCACAGCAGCUGUUUGAUUGUGGAGUCCUGGACAAAUCAACAUUUAACCAGCUAAUGAAGGGGGAGAAAACUGUCUUGGAGGUGUCAGUAGAUAAGAAGGUGUUUCUAAAAGGGACAGGUUCAAUUGCUGGUUUAGCAGCUGGACCUUUAGGGAAAAUGUCUUUAUCAGAGGCCAAGAAACAAAUGCUCUUGUCCCCAGAGAGUGUAGAUUUUCUACUAGAUGCCCAGGCAGCCACAGGCCACAUCAUUGAUCUGACAAACAAUCAGAAGCUGACAGUAGAGGAAGCAUGUGCCAGAGGAGUGGUGGACAAUAGGGAUCGAGACAGACUCUUAGCAGCAGAGGCUGCAGCUGUGGGCUACAGGGAUCCUAGCUCAACAAAGCCUCUUUCAGUGUUUGAGGCAAUGAAAAAGGGAUUAAUUGACAGGAAAACUGGACUACGUCUGCUGCAGGCCCAGGAGUCUGCAGGAGGCAUUCUAGAUCCCAACCUCAGUGUGUUCCUUUCUAGAGACACAGCUAUCAAGCGCAACCUUUUGGAUGAGGACCUCAGUCAUGCUCUAAACAAGAGCCCUGAGUGUUACCUUGAUCCAGACACUGAGCGUGAUGCCAGCUAUGGGACUUUAAAGAAAAGAUGUAAAUCAGAGUAUCACACAGGCCUGAUACUUCUGCCAGUCACUGAGAGGAAAGAUCCUUCCAAACUGAUGUUUGAUGGUGUCUGUAAGACAGUGACUGCACAACAGCUGCUUGAUUGUGGGGUCCUGGACAAACCAACAUUUAACCAACUACUAAAGGGGGAGAAAACGGUCUCUGAAGUGUCUGUGGAUAAGAAGGUUUUUCUGAAGGGGACAGGGUCAAUUGCUGGUGUUGCAGCUGGACCUUUAGGGAAAAUGUCCUUUACAGAGGCAAAGAGACAGAAAAUCAUGUCUUCUGACAGUGCUGACUUGCUACUGGAUGCUCAGGCAGCCACAGGCCAAAUCAUUGACCUCAGAACUAAUCAGAAACUGACAGUAAAAGAAGCAUGUGCUAGAGGAGUAGUGGAAAAGAAGGAUGAAUCAAAGUUGUUUGCAGCUGAGGCUGCUGCUAUAGGUUACAGAGACCCAAAUACUGCCAGGGUCCUGUCAGCUGGCCAGGCCAUGAAGAAGGGAUUAAUUGACAAGGACACAGCACUACGUUUACUUCAGGCUCAAGAGUCUGUAGGAGGAAUUUUGGACCCUGCCUUGAGUGUAUUCCUACCCAAAGACAUUGCUAUGGAUAGGGAUCUCAUAGAUGAGGACCUGUACCAGGCCCUCAAUCAGUAUCCUGGGUGCUAUCUGGACCCUGACACCCAACAAGCAAGUACCUAUUCAUCUCUGAAGAAAAAAUGCAAAGCAGAUCCAAACACAGGGCUUUUGCUUCUCCCUGAACCUAAAAAGCCAGUAACUGUUCAGGGGCUCAGGGGCAAGGUGUCGGUCAUGGAUCUAGUGGAUGCAAACCUUCUGGCACGGUCUGAUAUGGACCAACUGAGGGAGGGCAGAUUGACAAGCCGGGACAUUGAAGACCGUCUGCACUCCUACUUGAGAGGUUCUACAUGUAUAGCAGGAGUUUAUGAUGAGGCCAGUGAUAAGGUGAUGCCCAUCUAUCAGGCCAUGAAAGAUGGACUGUUGCGACCUGGGACCACUCUGGAACUGCUUGAGGCCCAGGCUGCCUCAGGCUUUAUAGUUGAUCCUGUUAACAACCUUUUCCUGACUGUAAGUGAUGCCUACAACAAAAGACUGUUUGGGCCAGAGUUUAAGGAAAGCCUGCUAUCAGCAGAAAGGGCUGUGACUGGUUACAAACUGCCCGGUACAGACACGAUUAUCUCGCUCUUUCAGGCCAUAGAGAGAGGUCUAGUGGAGAAAGGUCAUGGCAUCCGUCUGCUAGAGGCCCAGAUUGCCAGUGGUGGUAUCAUUGAUCCUGAACACAGCCAUCGUAUUGAUGUGAAUGUAGCCUACAACAGAGGUUACUUUGAUAAGGAAAUGAACAAGAUCCUGAGUGAUCAGAGUCUUGAUACUAAGGGUUUCUUUAACCCUAACACAGAGGAAAACCUAACCUAUCAGGACCUUAAGAAAUGCUGUAUCACAGAUAAGAAAACUGGCCUCAUCCUUUUGCCUAUCAUGGACAAGAAGAAGCUAGAGUCAACUCUGAAGAACACUCUGAGAAAGAGGAGAGUGAUAAUUGUGGACCCAGCGACUAAUAAAGAGAUGACGAUACAUGAAGCAUAUGACAAAGGGUAUAUUGACUACGACACCUUCCUAGACCUGUCCAAGCAGGAGUGUGAGUGGGAAGAGAUUACCAUCACUGCUCCAGAUGGUUCCACCCGGUUUGUUAUCGUUGACAGGAAGACUGGAAGACAGUAUGACAUUACCGAGCUGCUUGAAAAGCGAGUCAUUGAUCAAUCAGUUCUAGAUCAGUACCGAUCGCGUACCAUCAACCUUACUCAAUUUGCAGAUAUCAUUACGAACAAGAUGAGCCAUGGAUCAUCAUCUUCAAGACAAUCAGCAGCCUCAGGUACAUCUGCAGUGACAUCAUCAUUAUUAACUUCAAAAACAUCAGGAUCUUCGGGUACAUCUUCAAUGACAUCAACUUUAAGAACAUUAGAAGCCUCAGUUCCAUUGUCAGUGACAUCAUCAUCAUUAGGUUCAAGAACAUCAGCAUCUUCGGAUUCAUCUUCAGUGAUAUCAUCAACUUUAAGAACAUUAGAAGCCUCAGUUCCAUUGUCAGUGACAUCAUCAUCAUCAUCAUCAUCAGUCCAUUCAAGACCCUUAUCACCUACUCUUGCCAAGAUGACCACAACAAGAACUACUACUGUUACAGAGCGAAGUGCCACAAUCAGCAAUGUAGAUCCAGACUCACCUGACUCCCUUAGGAAUAUAUCCAGUGUAUCUAUUACUCUGGCCUCUCCCAUUGAAACAGUGGAUGAACAGGAACCUGUAGGUGCCAUCUUUGACACAGAGACUGUAGAGAAAAUAUCCAUCACAGAGGCUCUAAAUCGCGGUCUGGUGGAUUCCAUAACUGCCCAGAGACUACUAGAGGCCCAGGCCUGCACUGGAGGAAUUAUCAAUCCCACAAAUGGCCGUAGGAUCAGUGUCCAAGAGGCCUCUCGCCUGGGCAUAAUAAAUGCUGACAUGGUCCCGAAGCUCAAGCCUGCCCAGAAGGCCUACUUUGGCUUUGAGGAUGUAAAAACCAGGAAGAAGAUGUCUGCUGCUGAGGCGAUGAAGGAGAUGUGGUUGCCAUAUGAGGCAGGGCAGAGGUUCAUGGAGUUCCAGUUUGUAACAGGGGGUCUUUAUGACCCAGAAAUGGGCUGUCGAAGAACCAUAGAAGAUGCUUUGAAAAUGGGCUGGCUGGAUGGGAGAACAGCUCAAAAACUCCAGGAUAUCAGCCACCACGCAAAGAACUUGACCUGCCCUAAGAGCAAACUUAAGAUCUCUUACAAGGAGGCUCUGGAUAAUUGCCUGGUUGAAGAAGGCAGUGGGGUGAAAAUGCUCCAGGCGUCAUCUGUGUCUUCCAGAGGAAUCAGCAGUCCUUACAAUGUCUCCUCUGCCCCAGGAUCCACCACCGGCUCCAGAAGUGGCUCACAGCGAGGCUCCCGCAGGGGCAGCGUGGACUUAGGCUCCCCUGCCUCCUUAUCAGCUAGUCGCUACAGUGUUUCUAGCUUCACCACUUUCUCCUCCACCAGAUAAAUUAAGAGCUCAAAAUUAAGCUCAUUCAUGUUCUGUUCUGGCCAAUGAAUCAGAAUUUGUUAAGAGUAUUUUGAUUGUUCAGAAAAAAAACUUGUGUGUUGUAUAUGAGGAGGAAAAUUCAAAGAUAAUGUUCUUCAAUAAUAAUGUUCUCAAACUUUUUCUAUAGUUUUAGAUUGUUGCUUUGGUGUUGCUGUGCUUUUAAAAUGCUAUAUUUCAAAUGAUCAUUUGUUAAAAUGGACUUAUGUAUUAAUAGCAGCCAUUUUAAGGUAUUCUGAUUGAAAAUAAAGUGCAUAUUAGUAUAAUUGUUGGUGCCCCUAAAAUAGGCGUAGAAAUUGUCAUAUUCUUGCAUACACAUAUAUCAAAUAUGUUUUUCAAAAUCUUCAUGGAAUGGAAUUUCUUUUUAAGCUUUGCAUUGGUAAUAUAUUGGUGUUUUAUUUACAACAAAAAUGUCUGUUUUGUGAGGUGAGGGAUGGAAGGUUGGGUUACAUAUAUUGGCUUAACUAAAGAUUUAUUUUUACUGAAUCUGUUUAUAACUAUUGCUUUCUUUUUGUUUAGUUUAGAUCAACAGUUUCUCAAUAUUUCAAAAUAAAAGCUAACCUUUGAGUCAAUAUGUA